ACUUGAAGAUGAAGUGCCUUCUUCUGCCAACUCAAUUUGCAUUUCUCUAUAGCUUUGUUCUAAGUAAACCUGUCCAGAUAGCUACAAGAAACAAUGACUUAGACAGUAAAAUAGCUGUGCAUGAAGGAGACAUUCUCCUGAGAAGAGGACAACGCAGUGCAAUUAACUGCGAGAGCUGUUUAUGGCCCAAGUCACAGGAUGGACUAGUCAAAGUUCCAGUUAACAUCUCCUCUGAUUUCUCGUUGGCAGAGAGGUCUUGGAUUGCUGAUGCUCUUCAAGAGGUCUCCACAUUGACCUGUGUCAAGUUUGUCAAUCGCACUACAGAAACAGACUAUGUAUACGUUGAACGCGGGCAGAGCUGCUGGUCUUACUUUGGAAAAAUUGGAGGACGUCAAGCAGUAGGCCUGGUGAAAAAUGGCUGUAUGGAUAAAGGAGCGAUUCAGCACGAAAUGAACCACGCGCUGGGUUUCAUCCACGAACAGGCACGGAGCGAUCGGGACAAGUUUGUCAAAAUUAUGUGGGAACACAUUACGGCAGGAGAACAAGGGAACUUUGGAAAAGUGAACUCCAAAAAUCUGGGCCUUCCCUAUGACUACUCUUCUGUGAUGCACUAUGGCGCGUAUGAUUUCUCCAGCACUCCUGGGAAACCAACUAUUGUACCGGUUCCUAACCCUUUGGUGCCCAUUGGGCAGAGAGAAGGGCUGAGUAACUUGGAUGUAGCUAAAAUCAACAAGCUCUACAAGUGCAAUUACUGUAGCUCUGUAUUGCCAAAAACCAAAGGCUCGUUCUCCUCCGUCAAUUACCCUUCCCCAUACCCAAACAACAGCAACUGCCUGUGGUUGAUCCGCAUCCGUCGGAAUAAGAUUUUCCUGCAGUUUGAGGCUUUUGAUCUCCAAACUUCCUCAGACUGUUCAUCUGACUAUGUAAAAGUUUACAGUGGAAACAGCAAGAACUCUCCUGUCUUGCUGGACAAAUACUGUGGGCAGGGGCCGCUGCCUUCCAUCGUUGCUUCAGGAUCAACAAUGCUGGUAGAGUUUGCAAGUGACGAGACUGUUACAGCCACAGGAUUCAGAGCCUCCUACAGCAGGGUGAAUUGUGGAGGUACUUUCACAGACUCCAGUGGAAUCAUCACCUCCCCAAACUACCCCAAUAAAUACCCCAAAAACCGGGCAUGCUUCUGGGUCAUCAGCUCUCCAGUAGGAUAUAAGGUAUCUCUUAAAAUGUUAUUCUUUGAGCUGGAAGAUAAUGACAGAUGCAUCUAUGACUAUUUGCUCAUACACGAUGGAAGCCGACCUACAUCACCAGCAGCUGGCCCUUUCUGUGGGACAAAGAAGGUUGCAGACUUCACUUCCACUGCAAAUUUUGUGCUGGUUGAAUUUCACAGUGACACAGUUUGGGAGUUGGCUGGAUUCAAGUUGAGCUAUACAUUUCAUAGGUAACACUACACAGACGGGGACUAGAAAAUGCAGGAUGAAAGUAUGGGAGCAACUAGCCACUGCUUCUGAGGCUCUAAGCUUUUGUUAUAGUAAUUCCAUUGCUGGUAUUGCACGGCGAGAUGCAGUAGAAAAACAAACUAUGUAAGUAGAUUCUCAGUUACCCAUAGCAGUAGAAACCACCCAUGAAAAAUUCGGAAUACGGCUAUGGAGCAACUUGUAUUCCAGAGCCUGUGUGCUG